AUCGAGCCGGGCGUCGAUGGCGGCGUGGACGGCGAUGGCGGCGACUCGGACGACGCGAAUGAUCCCGGCGUCGUCUUCGGCGUCGAGGCGGAGGUUGGGGAGCGAAAGUCGGAGGGGGCGCACACCUCCGAGGCGAUGACCGCGCUCAACGGCGCGCUCCGCCGCGUGCCCGGCCAUCUCCUCGCGGCGCACAUGCUGGUGCACCUCACCGAGUCCCUCCCGCCGCCCAGGCUUCGGCCCGCGGUGGACGGCGAGCGGGGCGAUCAAUCCGAAGCGGACGAUGCCGAUCACCUCGGCCAGAAAGGAGGAAUCGGAAUCAACGGACCCGGACCCGAUCCUCGGAUGAAUUCGUUUCUCACCGCGGCGCUGGGCGAGACGGCCGCGGAUUCGCUCGCGUCCCAGCUCGCUCGCAACGCCGGCGUCUCCCCGCACCUCGCGCACAUGGCGGCGCACACGUACGUCAGGGUGGGACGGUGGAGGGACGCGGCGGAGAUUUCCAAAAUCGCGAUAAAAGCCGACGAAGCGUUCGCCGCCAACUGCGUGUACCCCUACGGCGCGGACCACAACGUCGCCAUGCUCGUCUCCGCGGCGGCGAUGGCGCGCGACUUCGCCACCGCGGGUACGCACGCGAUGUCGCCGGGGUUGAGGCACGGUGCCGUGGACGCGCACGCGGGUUUAACUUCUGGUUUUUACCCCGCGAGUGCGCUCGUUGUAUACGCCAGGUUCGGCGAGUGGGAACGGAUCCGCGCCGCCGCCGAUAACGCCGAGCUGCAUAGAGCGCCGCUGUCGAAGGCGUACGUGGACGCUAACCCGCAGGGCACGACGAACGCCGAGCGUUGGACGUGGAGGGUCGCCGCGUCGCCGUGGGGCAGAGCGCAGUGGGCGUACGUCUUGGGUUUGGCGAGCACGAAGGACGGCGUGGAGCCCGAGUACCCCACAAACGACAACGACGACUUGUACCCUGAUGAGUCGCCGGAUGAGUCACCGGAUACUGAGACGGAUGAUGAGACGACGGAGAGCUGGCGCGAGAUCAGCGGGUGGGAGUGGAUCGAGCACCUACGCAAGUUGACGAUUCGCAAAAUCACCGACGACUCCCCGGACGUCCAAGUCCCCACACUCACCGCGAGGAACGUCAGCUCGCCCUUUGACCACUACUCCCCGUUUUGCCCUUGGAAGCGGCUCAUCGCGUCGGUGAUGGUGGAGACGCUGCAGGCUGCGUACGUCGUCAAAGGGGAGUACACCGCGAACAAGGCGCUGAUGGCCAAGUACCACCUGCAGACGGCGGUGAAGAUGUACGACAAGCUCCCGUACUUUGAACCCGAGCAUCACUACCUGCCCGCCAGGCAGUGCCUCGGAGAGUUUUACCUGAGAACAGGGGAUUGGGCCGGGGCGUUUAAGCAGUUCGCGAGGGACUUGGACGAGGACCACCCGCAGAACCCGUGGUCUCUGCGCGGGCUGGAGCGCGCGGCGGCGCGAACGUUCGGCAACGAGAGCGCGUGCAACGAGGUGUUCACGCCGUGACAUGAGCCUCAUACGAGCGAACCAAAGUCCGCGUAAAGUUUAGCGUAGGUGAUAAUAAUCUACCCUUCGAAGUUCUCUAAACGCGCCUCGACCGCGCGCACCUCGUCCUCGAACCGCGCUCGAAUCGAAUCCACUUCCAAUCUUCCAAUCGGAUCCGCCAAAGCCACCGUUUCCCUCAGCUCGACGAAGCACGCGUCCGCCGCCGCCUUGGUGGCUCGAGCGCAGUCUCGCGAACGCUCCGCGAUUUGCGCCGCCUCGACGAGCUUGCGCUCCGCUCUCAACGCUCGUUGCGUCGCCAGUUCCGCUCGCAUCUCGGCGUCGUGCGCCGCCUCGAGCGCCUCGUGCGCCGUCAGCUCGAGCUCCACGCAUCGUCGACGCAGCGCCGCGGACGUCAUCGCGUUGAGCUCCUCGGACUCGCAUCGCCAGUCGUCCUCCGCGGGGGUCCACUCCCCCAACCUUUUUUUUCGCUCGAGCUCCUCCGCCUGCGCCUCGUCCUUCUCGCUCGGCGUGGGGGAACCCGAGUGCUCGAGCCGGUGGAACAGACGCGACAUCAUCUUCUUGUUGUCCCCGAUGGGCUUCACGGGGGGCACGAAGGGUUUAGGGUUAGGGUCAGGGUUAGGAGUGGGGGAUUCGUCUUCGCCCCGCUUGAGCCUCUCGACCGCGCCGUUGGCUUCGUUGGCCCUCGCCGUCGCGGCGGCGGCGGCGUACUCAGCCUUCGACGCGCGCUCCUCCGCCCUGCGCAGCGCGACGCGGUCCGCUCGGAUAAUCUCAACCGCCUGCUCCACGC